CAUUGUUUAUAUCCUGAGAUUCAGUUCUUACUGGAUUUUACUUCACUUAAGAAUUGAGCGCUGUUGUUGAGUAGUUACAGGAGUUAGUUCCAGCAAAUGCUGUUCUCAUGGUUUGUUUCCAGUAAUUGUUGCAGGUAUUCAUGAAUCAGGAGAAAAGAUGAUAGCCAUAUUCCUGAGAUUCCUCGUUCAUCCGUGAUAAUCCAGUAGGUUUUUCAAGGCAUCUCAACCUAGCUAUGCAUUGUUGAGAAUUUAAUCCAGGUUCUCCUGCCAUAAUAGAAUUUUAAGAGCUGUGAAAAGAGCUUGCUUUAAAUGUUAGAGAAUCUCUUCUGCAUCUACUUAAAAAGAAAACUGGUGCCGGGUUUUUUUCUGUGUGCAUUUCAGAGGUUGCACAGAGCAAGGGGCUUCACCUAGAUCUGCGAUUCCUACUGAACUAAAAGUGGUUGUUGAGACUGAUGUAGGUGCUUGUUUUUGUGCAAAUUAGUGAUGCUGAUGAGCUCAUGAACGUUAAGGUUGGGAGAAGGAGGUUCUUUGCUUCUGACAGAGCAGAGUGCAGUCAGCACUUGAAGUUUUUUAAUCAGUCUGUUUUUGGGUAAUCCCUGCCAGUCUUGUGCAACACAAAGGUCAUUCCCACUACUGUCUAAAUAAAGUAUUUUUACUCUGGUUUCAUCUUUACUGUAAAACCCUCUUUCUGAAGGGUUGCCUGAAAAAUCCAAUUAAGAUGUUAUAUUUGAUUAAAUUUAUUCUCUUAAUAUAAUGUAAAUAUAAGUAUUACCAUCUUUCUGUUUCAAUAUUCCCUACUUUUUAUUUGGUUUGUUUUUGUUAAAUGGUUUGUUUCAGAGUCUUUAAAUACAUAUAUCGUUUUGUAUUUUUUCUUUGUGGUUUGGAAAUGUUCUGGUUUUAGGUUUCUCAAUGAAUGGGAAGAGUUGAAACCCAUCAGAGGAGAAUUUCAUUUGUAUUAAAGCAUCCUUAACAAGAAUGUGAGUGCUUCAUUGCUGAUGUAACAUUUUAGGAGUUCUCAGUUUAAAUGUAGGUAGCAGACUCUUAACCAUACCUUGCUUCUGAAUAUCAUGAGUUGGCAUUUUCAGUUUCUUACUGGAAAAAAAAGCCUCAAUAUUGCUGGGGGAAUAAUUGAGUCAUGAGGCGUAGAGCCACCGAAGUGGCACCGAGUGCAAUACUACAGGAGAAGGAGAUUUGGAUAUCUCGUGCAUGCAGAUUGAGUGUGAAGGUGGUUGAGUUCAGCUGCUUCACUUUCCCUCUCAGCUCUGUUUCCUUUUGGAAGGAUGGGCUUUCAGCUGUGACUUCUUUUCCACAGUGCUUGUUUUCCAGAAUGCUUGGAAAACAGGAGAAGUAGAAAAUUACCCGUUUGCCUUAGUAUUCUGUUUUCCCUGCCAUGUUUAAACAGACUCAUAGAAAUUGAAGACAUGAAAAGUAGCAUUUCUGCUAAAAUAGACCAAGGUUGCUGCUGUUCAGACCUUUCUGAUACUGUGGGUAACUGGGAGUCCAAGUAUAAGUCUGUUCCAGUUAGAUCUUUUAUGUUUACGUGUAGAUAGACAAUAGAUCCCCUUUAAGCAGUCUACGUGUGUUUUUUAACCGACGAAAAUAAAAUAUCCGGUUACUGGGAAUGUCUCGUUUAUUUGGGCUUAAUGUAAGAGUUGUUGAAGUCUCUUGGCAUGGGAAGACCUUGAAAUUUAGGUUCUGUAUUAGCAGGAUUCCAGUAAUGAACCUGGAAGAUGUAAGCCGUUGAUUUCCUAGUGUGAUCACCUUAUUUUUUACUACAUGUCCUUCUUUAGGUGAGAGGUGGACUGCAGUGUCUGUGCUGUGUAAAAAUAGGCAUCAAAGGUGGCUGGUACGUAAAUAUUGCAUCCUUUGCUUUCACAGUGCACGCCUCUACCAGAAAAAAAUUCCCUCCGUUGGAGCAAAUGGUAAAAGUGACACCAGUCUCUCUUUUUGAGUCAGGAGCAUACAUACCUCUCUCCGAUGGCAGUGCAGGGUGUGUGACGUUAUUACAAGUCCAGAUGAAAACUGUGCAAGUACAUCUCACAGCUUGUGCUAGUUUGGAGGAUGAUACAGAGGUGACUUCCUAAGCAGAGAAAGGUACUAACAAUGUUGGUUUUUGUACAGGAGCAAAAGCGAUAGAUCUACUGUUACAUGGCACUGAGGGGAGAGAAUCUGUCACUUGCCUGUUAAGGAGCGAGUCUCUGUGUGCCGUUUCAUUUUACCUGUGGCUCUGAUAUGUAAUGGUUUUCUGGUGUUGCCUCUAUUGCUUUAAUUCUCUUCACAAUAACAAGGUGUCUCUUCCAGUUCUCCUGAUGUUGAAACUGUGCUGUAGCAGUUGGCAGAGAGAUGUGUACUAGGCUAGAGGCACUCUCUUUUAAGACUAAGCUAUAGCUUUCUUGUAAUACUACUUAGCUUGCUGUCUUUCUGCCUUUGAAUACAGUUCUGAACUACAAAAAAUGGGCUUGCCAGGGGGUGGGAAGAAAUGUGAGGGCGUGGAACACAUACUGGGAAUUUCCCAGCAGCUGACAUAAGAAUUUGUUCUGAGUGCCAGUAGUUUGCAAUCAGCUCCUCCAAGAGUUUGCUGCUGACAAAACAGAGUUUCCUUUCCAAGGACAGUAGGGUUACGUGAUGGUGGCUGCAGGUUUUUACUUGCAUUUUUCUACUGUUUUGUUCUUGCUGCUGGUGGUCACUUGUACCCGUUGCUUGGGUACAAAAUGCAAAGAACAUGAAUAUCCCUUUGGUACAAAAUGCUGCAAGGACUGUGCACCUGGUGAAAGAAUGAGAAGCCGCUGCACAGCGACAACAGACACAGUCUGUGCCCCCUGUCAAGACAAUUACUUUAGCACUGAGCACAAUCACAACUUCUGUGGGAGUUGUACAGUCUGUAACACUAAGAAGGGAAGUGUGGAAGUGAAGAAGUGUGAGAAGACCUCUGACAGAAUUUGCAAGUGUAUUCCUGGUUACAUGCCAGAUACCAGAUUUGUACUGGGAAGUGUUUGCUUACUGUGCCCUGAAGGGUUUUAUUCUCCAGGAGGAAAUGAAAGCUGUCGGCCUUGGACCAACUGCAGUGCUAUUGGGAAAAAGACUCUUCGAGCAGGGACAAAAUCAGAUAAUGCUGUUUGCAGCGACAAUGUGACACAGCCAGCUACCUCUCAAAGUACAACACCUACUUUGCAUCUUUCCACUAACUACUACAGGAAUAAUACAUCGACUGCAGUGCCUUCACCCUCCAAACCCAGUGUGAACCCUUUUGUUGUUUGUCCGGAUGCGAACAGCCCCACAGGCACUAACUGGGGGUCUCUAUCACUUAUCCUGAUUUGUCUGAUACUGCUUGUGGUAUCUGGAAUAUCCAUUUUCAUGUUGAUUAUCCAAGCAGCCAAAAGAGAGAACAAGAGGAGGCCUUGCAGGGAUGACCAUCAAAAAAGGAGCUUUCGAAUUCCUAUCCAGGAAGAACAAGUUGACUCCAAUUCCAGUCUCAUAAAAAACUGAAUCCACAUCGCUUUACUGCAUCCUGCAUUUCUGAGCCAGUCGAUUGUAACGAAUGUGACAGAACUUUCAGUUGCUGUAUGUGUGGGUGGGUGUUAACCGUUCAAUUGUACUUCAGUUCCUUUGGGUCUCACUGAAUGGCCCUUAGGCAUCGUAGCUGUUCUUAGUGAGCCAUGAUUCCUUUCCCUUUGAUAGCUCCUACAUGCAGCGUCUCUGCUGCCAAGCCUGAGUUUAUACAGUCCUUUGUGCAUUUCUAACCAAUUAUAUAUGUAAUGGAAGCCUGUUGCCUUUGGAAAGCAGGAAGCCUUUCUGAAGCAUAAGCGAUAAUCGCUGAGCAGAUUGACAAACAGAAAAUCAAAAGACCUGCUUUAAUAACUCGACUUCUAUCUUGUCCUGCGACUUUGAGAUGCUAAGCGGAGCGCAUCUCAGUGCAGCCCCUUUGAGUGUUUCAGACUAACUCCCAGUGGAGUUCUUUGCCUUUUAGAUGGAGAAUCUCCACAAGUGAACCUAACCAGCUUUUUUUGUGCUUCCAUUUUUUCAGCUCUUUCGCUUCUCACUCAAAAUGAGUGGUAUAUGGCAUCUGUGCCUCCAGAGGCAGUUGUCACAGCUGCUAAUUCUGGUGGUGGUUUUUAAGUGACUGGUGAUAAAUGGCUAUUUAGUGCCACUUCUUUUCUUUUCUGCCUGUCUCUGAGGCAGACCCAUUGAGAAAAUGUCAUGUUAAGUAUUGAGCAGUAUCCCCAUAGACCAACAAAUAAGAAUUAUUCAUGACUUCAAAACAGCUCAAGAUAUCCAAUUGUUCAGAACAUCUAUAGACAUUCUCAUGUGCAUCAAAAGUAGAAUCUGUGUAAUUGCUGCCAGGGAAUGGUUUCUUCUUUUAGAAUGUUAUUAAUGGAAACUGUAGUUCCAAGUAUGGGGAAAGGCAGGAUACAACUUGUCUGUGCUUUAGACUUUGGAAGUUGCUGUGAAUAACUCAUGUUUUGUCUAUAAACUCUGUGCAGUCAGCAUACUUUUUGUUUCCUCUCUGUGGAUGUUCUGUUGUGCUGAACACCCUGGUGUGGCUGUCCUCAGCAAGGCUGCUUCAGUCGAGCUUCGACUUCGCUGCAGUAAAAUAGUUUAAACUGCUUUUGUGGGAUCUGAUUCCAAGUAAUGUGGAUGCAGGGAGAAACCCAGGAGCAAGCUUGGUUCCAGACAGUAGUUUGGAUCUGGGGAAAACCUUUUUUAUAUCUUAGAUUUAGUAGAUGUACAUGGGCAUGUAGAACUGCUGGUGAAUGAUAACUUAGCGAUAGUAACUCCCUGGAUGUUCACUUCUUAAUAAGAAGAGCUGAAUUUUUAACAGCACUGUGCAUAUGGCUCUACAAGGGUUGCAUUGUAGCAAAGGUGUAUGAAGAUCACAUCACAGUGGAUAGAUGCAUAUAAACCGUGCUUUGACUGCUUGUGUGGAUGCUCACCUUGAAUGUGCUGUCAAUGGAACCUCCAUUCAGAACUGAAGAAAUGUUCUUCACGUGGCUUGUGUGCAGUUGAAGCAGGCCUGGUUGUUUGCCUGCAUACUGUAUGAAAUGAAUUUUACUUCUGUUGUGUUUUUUUCUUCACAAGUUAAUCAGAAUCUGUCUUGGAGAGAACACUUUAGAUAGUACAUUGAAAAUGUAAUGCCUGAGGAAAAAACUGACAUGUUACUGUGGAUAGCUUUUGCUGUAAUUUAAAUACCUCAGUGUAAAAGUUUAAGUGAACUUGAAAUUUAUAUAAUGCAGAUUAUUUUUCACAUCAAAUACUCCUUAGUAGGUAACUUGUUAGAUGUAAUAGGUAUUUUAUACACACAGUAUUAAAGCAUAUGCCAAAGUAUGCAGAAGGAAAUGUAUUCAAGAAUACUGUUGAUUGUGGUUCAUGUUUUUAAACAUAUGUUUUGUUAUAUGUUAUACAUAUGGUAUACUUACUGGCUUCCUAUUUUGAAGUGCGUAUACGAUGUAUGUAAACAUUUGUAUUAUAUAUGAAAUAUAGUAGUGACUUUCAAAUAAAUUGUGGCAGUGGUUAGGUGCACGUG